UUCGUCCACUUCUUCCUCCCAUAAACACUUAUCCUUUUUGCUAAAAAAAACACUUAUCCUUGGAUCCAAUCGAACUCCUGAUUGAGCUUCUGUUCAUAUCCAGAUCUAAGGCAGAAAAAUAGUGUGGAGCGGCGGCAUUGUGCUACUGGAGAUGAGAGACCGGACUUCUGUGUAGGCCACACUUCAAUCUGCUACCAAUUCCUUCCCCCAAUUCUUGCUGCUGCUGCUGUCGCUGUCAACAUCUCCGACUUGUCCGUGGACGCAUUCCCUUCUCGUGGGCUUUGCUCGUUGCCCGGUGAUUUCCUCACCUGCCGGACUUAAGGAGUCGAAACUGUGAGGUGAGUAUAAAUAAUUUGAUUUGGAGUCAAAGUAGCUCAAUUCAAGGUUUUGUUGCCGAUCAGAAUGUAAUUGCAAGUGGAAUCAUUAAAGUCAAAAGGAUUGUAGGUGGAUUGGACCCAUGCAGUAGAGCCACAAGAGAUGCAAUACGACGCAGUACAGGAAUGCCUUGCAUUCGUGGGUCCGGUCUCUUCAUUUCCAACAGUACCGCCGCCGCGCGCCAUUCCGCAGCGGAUAAGUGUUGCUGGGAGGAAAUUAACACACCGCUGCUUAUCGGCGCAGUACCGCUUCCGCAUCUUCUCGAUCACUGGACGACGGAUUUGUGAGGGUCGGAAGGAGCCGGGGAGUCGGCCAGCGCGGCGACGAAGACGUCCUAGUCGGCAGCCUGGAGGUUCCCGCGGUUGACGGCGAACUACUUCUCGCGGUUGGCCUUGAUCAGCUCGACAGUCUCCUCCCUCAUCCAGCAAGGCGGAGGGACUUUUCUGGCGAAGGAUUCCGGCACUGCUACGGCCGCCGCUGCUCGGAGGAAGAAGUCAGAAGGAAGGUGAAAUAUUUUUUAAUUUUAAAAUUAAUAUUUAUUUUUAUAUUAUUUUUUAAUUGACACGUCAUCAAACUAACGGUCAAAGGGUUUAGUUGACUGCCACGUAGGAUGGUUUUAACGGAAUUGGACGGCCAGUGACUAACGGUGCAACGAUUCGUAAAGUUAGUGGCGAAUAAGAAAGAAAAGUAAUUCGGGUGGCAAAUGUGAAAGAUUUGUAGGGGUCGUUUGGAUUGAGUAUUUGGGGGUGUUAUUUGAGGUCAAAUAACACAAAAUCUGUUAUUUAACCCAAAAUAACAUGUUUGGCUGACAAAAAGUGGGAUGUGUUAUUUGGAUGUAGUGUUUUGCCAAAUAACAGGUUUGAGACCAAAUAACACAAAAUGUGUUGUUUGCCAAAUACUUGGGAGGGGGCAGGUAUUUCCCAAAUAACAAGUUUGAGACCAAAUAUCACAUACCAAAUAACAAGUUUUAUAUUAUGUGGUAUUUGUGUGGUAAUUGGCCCCAAACAACAAGUUUAUCAAAUACUCAAUCCAAACGACCCCGUAUAAUUUGAAUGACUAAACGUGUAAUUUAGCCAAUUUUAUAUUGUUAAAAUUGAACAUUGGUUUGAACUCCGGUAGAAGAUUUGCAAAUACUCUUACUAGUAAGUAGUAAUUAGUAAGAUUUUUACCUACCCAAGCUUAUUGUUGUAAAGAAAAAAUCAUAUGAGAAUGAGAGACAAUAUUUUUCUCAAUAGAGUGUGUGUCUAAAUCAUUGACUAUCGAUUUGAUUGCUAUAAUGGUGGAGGUUACUCCAUAUCUUUGGUAACAACUUUACAAGUAAGAAGGUUAUUAGUUUGUUAUCUAGUCUCGAACACGCCUUCUCUAAGGUAAUAGGGCUGCCAAAAUCUCGAGCUGGAAGUUAUAUAUGUUGUAACUAACACAUCUUUUCUAUCUUAAUUUUGUAGAGAGAAUCUCUUGAAUCCGAGCUUGCAAUUUGGUCUUGGGAGUUUUGUGUUUGGAUCCGCUCCAUGAAGGACAUCUUGCAUCGGUAUGUAGGGGUGGCAGUUCGGUUAUUUCGGUUACAAUCGAUAAUCGAUCAACCGGUUAUCGGUUAACCGAACUAACCACACAUACCGAAAACCGACCAAAAUAGGUUUCAGUUUCUCGGUUAUCUCAGUUAUCGGUUAACCGAAUCACUUUUAAGACCAAAAUUCAUUGUGUCUAGCUUCCGAUAAUCGACCGAAAUUCAGUUACUUUGGUUACCAGUUAGUGGAUAACCGGACAGUUAUCGAUUUAACCGGCCGGUUAACUGAUAACCAAUAACCAAACUACCACCCCUAUCAGUAUGACAUAGGUCAUCCAAGAUAAUUGGCUUGGACAUAUAUCAGGUUUGGAGUAAACAUUAUUUAAUUGAAUUCACAUUCUUUAUACAAUUCCAUUUAUUUAUUUCUUAACUUGUCUAAACACAUUUUUACGAUUAAAAAAAACUCCCAAUUAAAAAAAAAACAUUGAAAUAGAUAUGUAUCGAGAUUUAAAAAUCCUGAUUUUUACCCAUAAUUGAUCAUAGGACAAUUUUCUAACAUUUAAAAUGUUACAAUUAUUUUGUUUUCUCUUAGGUAUUGGAGACAUUCCCACUAAGUAGUCUUGAUUAUAUCUUUGUGUCGCAAAUGUAAUCUAACUUCUCCAAAUAAAGAAUUGAGAUCGUGUAAUGUGGAGUUUGGAUUCAUUGAUGGCUCAAUCGUGGACAGUGCAUCUUUUUUGCAUCGUGACCAUCAACCUAGCUAGCGAUUUGACCUAAAUAAUUUGAGGAAAUAUUCAAAGUUGAAUCAUUCUUCCAUUAGCUUUUCUAAUACGAUUUAAAAAAUUCAAAGGUAUAAAAUAAAGGUGUUAGUGAUACCGUACUAUAUCAAUUGUCCGGCUGGAAAUAUCUCUUAUCGGAAUCUAAAUCGGUUUGUUAUUUUUAACGGUAUGAAGUUUGAAUCACAUUUAAACAAUAAUUUCAAUACAAAAUAUCAUAUUGCUAACUUUUUCGAUACAACCUACGAUGUGAUUUUACAAUCACCGAGACAUAAUCAAGAGUUGAAAUUCAA